AUGGACUCCCUCCCAUUAGAAACGCUGCAACAAAUCCUCGAGCUCGCCUGCACCGAUGGUGGAUCUACAGGGAACGCCCUCUCCCUGACCUCCAAGUAUAUACGUGCCGCCGCCCGUCGCGCUCGCUUCCACACCCUGCGUAUCGCCGCCGACAGCAAUACCUUCGAGGACUUCGUGGCUUUCUUCGGGCGCGAAUGCAACGAUGAACGCAACGGUUCAGGAAGACCUCGCGUCCGUCACCUAUACUUGACACUGGCCCGUCAACAAUACAUCACCCCCGAGACCACACAAUUCCUGCUUUCCCAGCCACAGGCAAUGUUGAGGAUCUUAACAGGUCACGAAGAUGAUGCACCGAUCUUUCCCACCCUGUUCCUCGAGAGGCCUUCAAUGCGCCCCAGCAUGCCCGGCAUACAAGAGCUCCUCCGACUCGUUGCGCCGGACCUGUGGUCACUUGUGGUCUAUACGGCUUGUGGCCAACAGGGUCCCCGAGCCAAGUACCCUAUCCUCAAGCACACGUUUCCCCUUGUACGAGAAGCGGCAUUCAUUGGUCUAGGGGCGACCCAUGUGCUGGACUCCGACGAACAGCGGUCGCCUGUCUUCCCCGUCGCCACGCAUCUACAUCUCUGUCCCCGGGACGAUGUUGAUGGACACGACCUCCACCUAUCCACCUGGUCCGCUCUCGCACCCCGCGUUACGCACCUGCGUGCUUCCGGUAUAGAGGGCCAGAACCACGUUGAAGAGCUCGCGGAAGCAAUGGGAGUGCGUGUGGGGCCUCGGACGUACCCCAGCAUACGCUACCUCUUCAUGGAGCCUGCGCCGCAGCGUUUCACGCACAUUUCAAGGUUAGCGCAUGCCGCGGGAGCGCAAGCGUUUACAUGGAGCGACCGCCUCAAUGACAUUGUCCGCGAAUGUCGCCGCGCGAACAUCAACAUCCAGGUUAGGCUACUCGCAACACCCGACGUCGUCCGGUAUGGCCUGGCAUGUGCUGACGUGCUUGUCGGUGAAUGGAUCGAUCGUGUGGAGGGCAGGGAAGGGUGGUGGAAAGGGUUGGAGUUGAUUAAGACGGGAUCCCUACAGGGAAGCCCUGGUUUAUGA